CCGGCUUCCGGCGCCAGGGACGUCGCCGCCGCCUCCGCGCUAUGGCGGCGCACGGCCGGCGGGUCUCUGACUGGCACCGCCUGAUCCCCCUCGCCUGGGCCCACGUUGCCAGGCGGACUCCUCUCCGAGAACAGAAGAGGACAUGUGCAUCUUUGUUGUGUCAGCUGGCCACAGCCUCCAAAGGCGGGAGCCUCCGGAAGGUAUCCUGUGUGGAGCCCAGAAAGUAUGUGCGGGAAUCAGAGUGCAGGGCAAAUGUCACCCGGUACCGUCUUGAGCAGAGGACUCCUGUGGCUCGAGGAGUCUUGGAGCGAGAGAAGGUCAUCAGUGCCCUCCUGGACAUGGGUUUCAGUGACAUCCACGUUAACGAAUUGCUCAGUAUGUGGCCAAGUGUGCCUACUCAACAGGUGCUGGACUUCAUUUCUGAAUUAAUACUCUUGGGUUUGAACCCAGAGCCUGUGUAUGUGGCCGUGAAGAAAAGCCCCGAGCUGUUGAAACUGCCUAUGAUGCACGUGAGGAAGCGCUCCAGUUACCUGCGCAAGCUCGGGCUUGGCGAAGGGAAACUCAAGACAGUGCUUCUCUGUUGCCCGGAAAUCUUCACCAUGCCCCAGAGGGACAUCGACGGCAUUGUUGGGGUUCUCAGGGAGAAGUGUCUUUUCACAGUACAGCAGGUGACCAGGAUUUUGCACAGAUGCCCCUAUGUUCUUCAGGAGGACCCCGGUGAACUGGAGUACAAAUUCCAGUAUGCCUAUUUCAGGAUGGGGGUCAAGCAUGCGGACGUGGUGAGGACCGACUUCCUGCGGUACUCCGUCACCAGGAUCCAGCAGAGACAUGUAUUCCUUGAGCGCCUGGGACGGUACCAAACCCCUGAUAAGAAGGGCCAGACCCGGGUCCCCAAUCCUUUGCUCAAGGACAUCCUCAGAGUGUCAGAAGCUGAGUUUCUGGCCAGGACGGCCUAUUCCUCUGCUGCAGAAUUUGACGUUUUUAAGAAGCUCUUCGCUCGGGAGGAGGAAGAGAAGACCGAGAGCCCCAUUUCUGACAGUGAGAGGCUGAGUGUGGACGAGGAAGAGGAGGAUGAAGAGGAGGGGGAGGAGGAGUGACGGAAGUCAGGAGUGAAGAGCCCGCACACACCCGAGAGUGUUUUAAUUCUCUCAGAGCUUCUGAGAGCUUCACUUGGAUCUUCCCAGGUUAUUUUUCCUGCUAAAACUGGUCUUCUGGUGAAAACAUUAUUCUAAAUCACCUGAGAAGCAGGUCAGACUAAGGAGGGGCUACGUUAGUGUGAUCUGUGGCCGGGUCUCUGUGGGGAGGGCCUCUUCCGACCGGCAUGAGCCUUCCUCUGAGCUGUUACACUCAGGGGGCCUCAGGACCUCGACAUUGGGUUUGGUUUUCUGUGUUGUAUGUGCAGGUGAUGAUUCCAUGACUAUGGGGGGGGCCCUCCCUGUGGUUCGAGUCCUUGUACGUUUCCCUCUAGUGAUAAGCGUACAAUCAGGAGCAGGCAGUGAGGCCUCUGUACAUCACAGCACUUUAUUCUAUGGAAACAAGCAGCAGGUUUCCCACAGAAACACUCGGGUUUGAGUCCACAGUUACUGCUCCCGAACUGUGCUCAGCGCCCAGCACUGGAAAGGGGGUUGUUGGUGAGGUGUGGUUUCAUCUUGCACGGCUUCUCAGUGCCGGCGGAGGGUUGGGGGGCGGCUCCCUGUGUGUGAGGCCGGGGUCCUGGCUCUCACCUCUCAGGGGAGCAUGCGUGGCGGCUCACGGCCGGUGGGCCACAUCCUGGCCUGAAGGCUCUGGCGGCCACAGGGUGCUGCCCCUGGAAUGUGCCAGAACAGGAAGGGGCUGGGUGGUCCGACCCGUCACCUCCCCAUCGCCCAUUUUGCGGAAGUGGCUCCUGAGCCCAGCGGAGAAGAGGACGCGCACAGGGUCUUUGGUGGGGCAGGACCUGGUUUCCUCCAGGGAGCCCCUCGGGGAACCCGGUGAGCCUCAGGGGUGAUUUGGGGAGCAGAUGUGAUAGGAGUCAUCUCUGAGGUAGAGGCCUGGCCCUGACGGCCUGGGCUCCAUGGGGAGGGCCGGUGCAUCUCAGAACGUCCUGGGCGUUCCUGCCUUGGGGGGAACCUGCACAGGGCUGGUGACCCAGAGAUGUUUUUGGUGAUGCGACUAAAAUCCGGGUCUUGGCAGCAUUUUAACAACUGUGUAAAAUUUUGGUGCUUGGCUGUAUUUUUCCAGCAGAGACUGCGUAGGGAUCCUGGUGGGUAGCGGUUUCCACCUGGGGCGAUCUGGACCCCAGGGAACGUCUGGCAACAUCUGAGAAUGUUUUCGGUUGUGAGGACAAAGAGAGGGUGCUGUUGGGAUCUCAUGGGUGGAGACGAGAGCUGUUAAACAUCCCGCGGGGCCCGGACGGCCUCACCGCGGAGCCAUCCAGCCAGGUUGUCAGUGGGGCUGAGGCCGGGGAGCUGCUCUGACGCCUGGUCCGGGGGGUUGGGAGCAGGCUUAUGCUUCGUAUUUCCUUUAUUUAAAACAACAGUCAGUAGCCGUGUGUUUGCGUUCUGUCCCCCAUGCACUGGAAUGUUCUUAUAGGUCUGAGCCAUGUUUGCUAUGGGGACUCAGCACCGAGGCCCAGGCGCUUCUGUUUUCUCCAGGCUCGUGUGGGAGCCUGACUGCAAAGAGACAUCCUCUGGGAAGGAAGGUAGCCCAGUGAGUCCCUGUGCGGCUUUGGAGGCCAGUGUCACGGUAGUGGCUGGCCGCGGGAGCGUUCCCACGAAGGGAGGUGCGCGGGAGGUGGCUGGCCCUGACCGGGGCGGGGCCGGGCUAUGCGGGAGGGAGGGCAGCGGGCGGGCGGGGCUGGCCUCUGCGCAGCUCCUGCAGCAGGAGAAGGAAGGUUUUGUCUUCACUGGGGUUCUUAGCCGUGGGCAAGAUUGUUUGAAAACGAAAGCAUUUCACUCUGCCAGUGUAUUCGCUCACUCUUCGGUUUGUGGCGUCCGAGUGACCGGCACUUUCCCUGGAGCCUCAGAUGGGCUGUGGUGCCCAGCCGGGCGACUAAGUAGCAUUAUAAAUUUCUGUGACUGGAAUGGCUAACCUAGCAAUUCACGACUACUCCUUUCAUUUUGAUGCAGAAAUAAAUUUCUGUGUACCUGA